AAUAAAAACAAAAUGGCUGCCUUCGUGAUAAAAAGUUAGGAGGAUUUGACUUUAGAAAAGGCUCCAACAAAACCUUCUACCCUUCAAUGGACCCAAGAGAAUCUCCAGAGGUCCUCAUAAGUGACGGAGAUGGUCUGCUGUCUAUGAAUACAUUGAUAGAACGAUCUAAAGCUGUGUGCUACAUCCAAGUCAUUGUCAAAGACCCCAUGACGAACACAGAUCGGCUGAGGCGUGGCAGUGGAUUCUACAGUACGGUGCUGAUUAACCAGAUUGAGUACCUUGGUAUAUUCACCAAUAACCAUGUUUUAUCAAACGAGAUUGAGGCACAGCAGGCAGAGGUCAUCUUUGAUUAUGAUAAAUCAUCAUAUGUAAAUGAGCAGGUUAAAACAGUCAGUUUGAGACCAGAUUUGAUAUUCAAGACAAAUAAGGAUUUGGAUUACUCCUUUAUUGGGGUUCAAAAAGAAAACAUUGAAGCUCUCCACCCUGGUGUUAACCCCAUCCAAUUCAAACCAGAACCUAAAAUCAGUGGAGGAGAUGAAGUCUUCAUACUACAGCAUCCUAAAGGAAGGCCACAAGAGUUCAGUCAUGACAAGAUUAUGACAGUUAUGCCUCCAUUUGUGCUUUACAAAGCCGACACAGAGACUGGUUCCUCAGGAGCUCCUGUAUUCUACAAGUUGAAUUUGGUGGCAAUACACCAAAAGGGGAGUGAAGAACAACAAUACAACAAAGGAGUUUUGUGCAGUGAAGUACUGUCUCAUCUGAACACAGGAAAAUAUACAAAGCCUACUGCAUUUCCCAUACAAGAUAGUCAGGGGGAAGAAAUUGAUAAAGAUAGUAUAUCAAGAAAACAACAGAAAAUGGAAAAUAAUGUCUCUCUUUUAGUAUCAGAAGGCGACCUAGAAGAACUUGCCAAAGAAAUCAUUCCAAUUUGGAGACAUCUUGGUAGGAAGCUUGGACUAGAUAACAGUAGAAUAGAAGAAAUAUCAAAAGACUACGCAAACUUAGGGAUAAGAGAACAGGCCUUCCAGAUGCUUUUGUCUUGGAAAGAAUCAAGUCCUAACCCAUCAUAUGGUGUUCUGGGAAAUGCUUUAAUAAUAUUAGGAAAACGCAACCUUGCUCAACGGUAUUGUCAUAUGUGAUAUGAUGUAACAGCUUCAUCUAGUUGGUUGAAACCUAUGGUUUUUAAACAAGGUAUAUUUAUUGAACAAAUAAGGAUUUUUCUAGGAAGAUGAACCUAUUCUCACUUUUGACCUGUAUGAAAUACGAUCAGAAACCACAACCAACCAAAUGUUAUUGAUUUUUAAUGUACUUUUACUAAAGCUACUAUAAGUAGCAAGGGUAUUGUCUUAAACUAAAAUAAUACACUAACACAKUUUUUCUGGCCUUUGUCAUUUUGAAUUUCAUUCACUGUUUUCUUUUUUCUAAUUUGAUUGUAAUGUGUUUAUAUCUAUUCAACAUUUUUCUUGUCAUAGUAUGUCUGUUUUUGGAAAUAUUCUUUUUGGAACAAAUAUACUCUCUGGAC